UAUGGAUGCUAGUGACGUAACUACCUUAAUAUCAAUUUCAGAAAAUGUGAUGAUGCGUCAAAAAGCUAUAACUAACAUUUGCCAUAACGUUGACGUGUGCCGUAGCAUUCGACUUUUCCAU